ACUCACAGCAGUAGUGAGAGAACAGGUGAACACGAGAGCUUCAGACGCCUGCUCGUGAAUGGAGUGGAAUCAGUCCAUCACAGUUUGAUGGUUUUUAUUUUGUUAUUUUUUAAAUGAUGAAUGUGUCUCCUUCCGCGGAGGCUUACUUCAGCUUACUCGCUUUUGUUUUUUUCUGAAGUCAACUGUUUUUUAGUAUUUGAGUCUGUUGUCUGUUUUAUUUAAUAUGGCUUUUGCAAAAUUCAGCAAGAUCCUCCGUCUUCCUACAAUUGACGUGAAGAAGAAAACCAAACAAUACGAGCACGUUCAUCGGGAUGUAAAUCCUAGCGACAUUUGGGAAAUUAUCGGGGAACUGGGCGAUGGUGCUUUCGGCAAAGUUUAUAAGGCCCAGAAUAAAGAAACCGGUGCGCUAGCUGCAGCCAAAGUCAUCGAAACCAAAAGUGAAGAGGAGCUGGAGGAUUACAUGGUGGAGAUCGACAUCUUAGCGUCCUGCGACCAUCAGUACAUCGUCAAACUGCUGGAUGCCUUCUUCUACGACAACAAACUCUCGAUAAUGAUCGAAUUUUGCCCCGGAGGUGCAGUCGAUGCCACUAUGUUAGAGCUGGACAGGGGUCUUGAAGAGCCUCAGAUCCAGGUGAUCUGUAAACAAAUGCUGGAGGCUCUUCAGUAUCUCCACAGCAUGAAGAUCAUCCACAGAGACCUGAAGGCUGGAAACGUUCUCCUCACACUGGAUGGAGACAUCAGGCUAGCGGAUUUUGGAGUUUCUGCAAAAAACACAAAAACUCUUCAAAGACGAGACUCUUUUAUUGGGACUCCAUAUUGGAUGGCUCCAGAGGUGGUGAUGUGCGAGACCAUGAAAGAUGCUCCAUACGACUACAAAGCUGACAUCUGGUCUCUGGGCAUCACGCUGAUCGAGCUGGCUCAGAUAGAGCCGCCUCACCACGAGCUGAACCCCAUGAGGGUCCUGCUAAAAAUCGCCAAGUCUGAGCCUCCCACCCUGGAGCGGCCUGCCAAGUGGUCGAUGGAAUUUAACGAUUUCCUGAAAACAGCUUUGGACAGAAACCCUGAGACGAGGCCGACAGCUGCUCAGCUUCUAGACCAUCCUUUCGUCAGUUCGGUGAAGUCCAACCGUCCGCUGAGAGAGCUGGUGGCCGAGGCCAAGGCUGAGGUGAUGGAGGAGAUCGAGGACAACCAAGAAGAAGCAGAAGACGAGGACCCUGCUGACCUCUCACCUGUACAGGCCCCCAUCAAAGACCCAUCAGAAACUUGUGAGACCAGUUUAUAUGGGGACCAUCGCCAAAAUGAAGCUCCAAUUGAGCUUGAAGAGGAGCCCAGGACUCCUGUGUCCACCGAAACUCCUUUGAAAGAGCAGGAGGAUGAUCUCAGUGACAGGUUGCCAGAGGAAGAUCACGACAAACCUGAGAGCGAGGAAUCAGGUAAGACCUCCAGCUCUGACUCUGGCAUCGAUGAUGGAAAAAGUACACCCACCUCCGAGGAGGAUGCCAAGGUGGUCGAGAGCACCGAACCAGAGCUGCCUGUGGUGAGAACACCAGAAUCUUCAGAGUCAUCCGAAUCUUCCACAGAGCAACCCUCUAAGAAACUGGAGGAACCAGAGGAUGCUGACAAUCCAAGGGAGAUGCCUAGCCAGCAACCACACGACAUGCUGAACCAAACCGAGUCCAAGGAGCCGACCAACCGCAUGUCUGGGAUGAGCAACAGGUCCUCUUUGACUGGCGAGGAUGUGGAAAGUUUGCUGCCUCAUGCCAACGGCAGGUUAUCAAAACGAUACUCUGAUGUGACAAGUGAGAACAUGGACAUCAGCCUGAACAUGUCCGGUGAUAUGUCCGUCAACAAAGACUUGGGCACCAUCUCUUUACGGGACUCCAAGAAGACGCUCAAGCGCACGCGUAGGUUCCUGGUGGACGGUGUGGAGCUGAGCGUCACCACCUCGAAAAUCAUCUCAGAUGACGAGAAGAAAGACGAGGAGAUGAGGUUCCUCAGGCGUCAGGAGCUUCGGGAUCUGCGUCUGCUGCAGAAAGAGCAGCAUCGAGCCCAGGCUUUGCUCAACCUGAAGCUGAAAGAUCAGCGGGAGCAGAUGCAGCGCAGAUUCGACCAGGAGAUGAGCGCCAAGAAGAAAUACUACGACACUGAGCUGGAGACGCUGGAGAAACUGCAGAAGCAGACCAUCGAGAGAAUGGAGACGGAGCACACGGUGCACCUGCGGGAAGAGGGCAAACGCAUCCGCGCCGAACAAGAGAAAGCCUUCAGCAAGUUCCUGGAGCAGAUGAAGCACAGGAAGAAAGAGGUCAAACAAGAAGUGGAGAAACUGCCCCGGAGUCAGAGGAAAGAAAGUCUGAAGAUCAAGAUGAACGACUUUCAGCAGCUGAAAUCAGACGAGGAAGAGAAGUUCCUGGCAGAUCAGAGGGAUUUUCUGGACUCGACUCUGAAGAGCAUCAUCGCUCAGAACAAGAGGGAGAUCUCCGAGACGGAGCGCCAGUGUCUCGCCAAGAAACACAAUCUCCUUAGAGAGCGAGAAGCCACCGUGUGGGAUCUGGAAGAGAAGAACUUGCACGAGAGACACCAGCUCCUCAAACAGCAGCUGAAGGACCAGUACUUCCUGCAGAGACACCAGCUCCUCAAGAAACACGAGAAGGAGCAGGAGCAGAUGCAGUGCUACAACCAGCGGAUGAUCGAGCUCCUCAAGGCCCGACAGCAGCAGGAGAAGAACAGACUGCCCAAGAUCCAGCGCAGCGAGGCCAAGACACGCAUGGCCAUGUUCAAGAAGAGCCUGAGGAUCAACUCCAGCGGGAGCUCCUCAGAAGACCGAGAGAAGACCAAGCAGUUCUCCAGGCUGGAGGAGAAGAGGCAGAAGGCCGAGCGAUUGCACCAGCAGCAGAAACACGAGAACCAGAUGAAGGAGAAGAUCAGCGAGUGUGAGGGAAACGCCAGAGAACUGCAGCAGCUGCAGAACGAGAAGUGUCACCUGCUGAUAGAAAACGAGACGCAGCGUCUGAAGUCUGUGGACGAGCAGCACAACCAGCAGCUGAAGGAGUGGAAGGAGCACCUCAAGCCCAGGAAGAAGGUUCUGGAGGAAGAACUGAACCAGAAGAAGAAAGAACAGGAGAUCUUCUUCAAGAUGAGUGAAGAUUCCCAGUGUCAGAACGUCAGCUCACCAAACAAAGUCACCAAGUUCCUCCCGUACAUCGACUCGUCCACCACAUGAGUCAGAUCGCUCUGUAAGUGCCCAGGAAUCAGUGCAUGCAGUUAAACAGCAGGCGACGGAGACGGAGGUACAUCGAUGGAUUCAUUUAAACGCUGCUGAAUCAGGAAUCGAACUGCCUUACUAGAACAGCUUGCCUUAGUUUACUUACACUUAGUUUGUAUCGCCAAAUGUAUUGUUACAAACCUUGCAUAUUCUUGUUUUUAUGUUUUCUAUGAUCAGUUAAUAUAUGCAUAUAUAUAUAUAUAUAUAUAUAUAUAUAUAUAUAUAUAUAAAGUUGCUGCUUUUCUCUUUUCUUUUAUAACCAGUUUCCUUGUACAAAUGUUUAAAUGCUGAACAAAGGAACUUUUUCUGAAAAAGGAUUGGUACGUUAAGUUUAGUGUUUUUGUUGUUUUAUGUAUUAGACGGCAACUGAUUUGCCACUUUUAUUAUUCUGCAGUGUUCAGCUAAAUGUGAGUUUAUUGGCACAUUUACUGUAAAAGCGUCUCACUGGACGAGACCAGAGCGAUCCAAAGUUGACGGCUUCAGAAAUGUGUUGACCCGUGUUUUCUGGUUUAUUAGUGCUGUCUGUUACUGUCACCUAACCAAAGUGCAAUACGUUGUUGUGUUCCCAUUUUAUACGUGUUAUUAUUUUACAUCGGUCAUUUGAAGGAUUUAUAUUUACAAUACCUGAAGCCUGAAGGUAUGAGGAUUUAAUGUCUUUUUUAUGUCUGUGGAGCACAAUGUCGUCUGUAACUCUGAGAUGAUGAGAUACUGUCCUGUCAGAGCAUCUAGAAUAAUAAAUGAGAUGUUUAUCUUUUUG